ACCCAACCCAACCCAGAGGUCGAUGGUUUGUCUUCUUUUUUAUUCAUCUUCUUCGUCUUCGAAUCUUGCUAUUGUUGUUGUUCUUUCUCAUUAACAAGUCUGAGCAACAAUGGCUGACGAAUCUAACAGAACCGCAUUUUUGGAGCUUCAAGGUCGGAUGAUAGAUAUCUCCGCAAAACUGAAGCAGGUGCAGAACCAGUUGCGCGGCAAAGAAGGUGAAAAGAAGAGAGCUUUCUUGACCUUAGAGGAGCUUCGUCAAGUGUCCGAUGACACAAAUACCUAUAAAUCAAUUGGGAGAACGUUUGUCUUAGAGCCUAAGUCGUUCUUAAUGAAUGAACUACAAGGGAAGCUUCAGGAUAGUGAGACUGCUAUUGCCUCACUCACGACCUCUAGGGAUUAUUUGGAGAAACAAAGGGCCGAAGUGGAGACCAACUUGAGGGAGUUGUUAAGCCAAGAUCCUGGCCUUGCUCUUCAGAUUAUGUCCAUGACUGUUAUGUGAUAAUGCUCAUGUACCUUUUAUUUCAUUUGUGAAACUAUUAGUGUUUGAGCAACCAAUUUCUUAUCAUUUUAUGCUCUUUAAUAAUAGUGUUUAAUUUUAAUGUAGUCGUAUCUAAUGCUCUUCAUUUUCAAUUGGCUGUCAUGUCAGCUUCUGAAUUGCAUUUGUUGGAAAGAUAUUUCAUUAUGAUGGCUA